AUGCCCGCAGUAACAAUAUCAGUAUCUAAGCUGCAAAACCUUUUCCAAGAAGGGGAUGGUACAACGAUUGCCACCCCACUAGGCAACACUUUAUUAGAAAUACAGGGAGACUUACAAUUCCCAUCGGAACCACCAUCUAACGAUGAAGAUGAGAGGUUUUCCGAAUAUGAGGAGGAAAAUGUGGUGAGAUUUGGCGUUCUGUCAUUUGAUUCAGAGUAUAAAAAAGCGACUUUGUAUGUUGGUGAGAAGCAAAGACUCUUGGGAUCUGUUGUCAAACUCGAAACACCUUUAGGGCUACUAAAAUUCGAUCAUGAAACUAACAGAGUUGAGUUAGAGGAUGUGAUCAACUAUAAAGUAAUAUUUAAGGAAAGGCCUUUGCCCAUCAUGUAA